CCCUUUGCCUCCUCUGCUCAGGCUGAAAGCUUGGAAACCCUAAAUUUCGAAUGUCCUCGAAAGUGUAGCCUCCCUUAGAUGCACUGGCGCAGCCGCGUUCCUCCUCCUCAACCCAUCCAUGGCGGAUCUUCCGCUGGAAGUCAUCAUCGAUAUUCUCUCUCGUUUGCCCGUCAAGUCCGUCCUCCGCUUCCGCUGUACCUGCAAGUCGUGGCGUUCCCUGAUUGACGGCUCCCACUUCAUCUCCUUCCAUCUCCACAAAUCACUCGAAACCAACCGCAACAAUCUCGUCAUUUUCAGGCAGAAUUCUGAUCUUCAGAUAGUUGAUUUCGAUACUCUCGAUGCAGCCGUCGAGGUCGUCCAUCCUCUCAUGUGCUAUGGUAAUCGCCUUAAGGUCUUAGGUUCUUGCAAUGGAUUGCUCUGCAUCUGCAACGUCGCUGAGGAUAUAGCUUUAUGGAACCCCUCUAUUCGUAAACAUAAAAUUCUUGCUUUGCUGCCUGUGGAGCGACGACCAGAAUCCGAUACGAGCUUAUUCGCUGCCAGAGUUUAUGGGUUUGGGUAUGAUUCCUUCUCCGAUGAUUAUAAAUUGCUCAGGAUUUCGUAUUAUAUUGACUUACACAGUCGUACUUUCGAUUCUCAAGUCAAGCUUUAUAGCCUGAGAACCAAUAGUUGGAAAACCAUUCAGCAUAUGCCUUACGCCCUAUGUUGUGCACGCACGAUGGGUGUUUUUGUUGGCGGGGCUUUACACUGGGUCGUCACUCGGAAGCUUGAGCCCGAUGCGCCCGAUCUGAUCAUUGCGUUUGAUCUGAAAUACGAAAAUUUUAGGGAGGUGCCUCUGCCUGACCUGGGAAAUCAGAAUUUUCAGAUGGAAGUGGCUCUGCUGGGGCGAUCCCUAUGCAUGCUUGCAAAUUACCAAAACACGCGAGUGGAUAUUUGGGUUAUGAAAGAAUAUGGACACAAAGAGACCUGGUGUAACUUGUUCACAUUGAAUGAAUCACAUGAGUUAGGAUCUCUAAAAUUUGUGAGGCCCUUAGCCUACUCGAGAGAUGGAAACAAGGUUUUCUUGGAACUGGACCAUAAGAGGCUCUGCUGGUUUGACUUGAAAAAUAAUGGAAUCAGUUCUAUUCAAAUCCCUAGAAUGCCCCCGUUAAUUGACGGAACAAUUUGUCUCGGAAGCCUUGUCCCACCAGCUCUAGAAAGUAGAAUUGAUAAACAGCAGCAAGAGUUGGAGGCAAAGAAAGAAAGGGAUGCCUUCCUGUCCGAGGGAUUUAAAUUGGUACUGUAGGUCAACAGCGGAACGAACGGUAGCUCCGAUAUCUCUUUGCCCUUUCAAUAGGUAGCUUCUUCUGUUUUGAAAUUAGACUUGGUUGCUAACCGGGAAAGAGUGAAACCGAUUAGCAACAGACUGGAAUGAAGGCUGAAGAGGGGACAAGAUACCAGAUGAUAUGGUGUUUUACUGACUCUGCUGGAGUCCAUAUAGCAGCCAGGGGAUGCUUUGCUUAAUGACCCUCAAAAACAAAAACUGCUGACCUCGACAGAAAUAUAAGACGUAUAUUUCUAUUGUAAUACAGUUAAGAUUCUCUUGCUGACCAUGUAAAUUUGUUUGUUUUCUUGCAAACAACCGGCUGAGUUAUGGAUAAACUUUGACAAAGCUCCAUAUGUAAUAAUCACUCCUUGCUUUCGUGUGAAAUGACGAUCGUGAGAUGAUUCGACAUGCGAGAGGAGAUACUAAUGAACAACCCGAGAAAAGAGUGAUUUAUUUUAUAUGCUUCAUAACAGGUUGUAUGAGCCUGCAUUCUGGGUGCUGAGCCUGGCCUAUCUACUGAGUUCCAAGUUUUCAUCUUAAGCAGGCCAAGUCGAAGUUCAAGUUUAUUCAAGCAGCUUGAUCUCAUUUUGAAUUUUGUCUAUUGAAGCAUGCAUGAUGUGGCAGCACAACAUGUCUUUCAUCUGCCCGAUACGCUAAACACUACAACAGGGUUGGAUUUUAUGCAAUGUUUGCACGGAAUUCAAAAUGAAUUCAAUUAUUAUUUACUAUUUGUUUGAUAGGGAUCAACACAAAUUAAUACGCAAGCCUCCAAGGGCUGGUAUAAAUUUAAGGGUCUUUGGCUAUUAUACUUAUUUAUUA